UAGAAUGGCUUUAAUGGCAUCAAAAUUAUUCUUGAACAAAACUUGAACGCAACCAAUAAUUUAUGACUGCGCACUAUCAACACAAAGAGGCCAAAUUAACAUCUAAAAUUCAUCAAGAAUGUCCAACUUCUAGGGCAACAAAAAGCAGUGCCUUGGACCGUUUGAUAAACUUUUUGUUUUAAUCUGGCCGCGUCGGGCAAAAUAGCGUGCAAUUGUAAAAUCUUGAAGUCAAUCACGUGUUUGCUUAAAGAAGAACUAUUAGUACCAAUUACGCCACCAUAAAGUCUCAAUAGCACGUGCGUUAUUUUAUGCAAAACGGAUACUUUGUUGUUCAUUGAAUUGUGAAAUUUAUGAAGACUGUGACGAAUUCGAGCCUCAGUACCUCCAAACAGUCUGCCUUGAUGAACUUUUACUGCAGGGGGUUCAUGUGACUGUUCACCUAUAUUUAUUUACUACCCUAACUUUAUCUCAACUGCGACUUCAUUAGUGCUUCAUGAAUUAUCAAGAUAAGAACGUCAAAUCAACAUUCGAUGACGACUAUGACACGUUUGAUGGAUCCGACUCUGGAAACAGCUCCGAGGAAGGAGACGACGACGAUGCCGGACUAAUUAGUGAAUGGUUCUGGGACGCAAUGGCAGUCACUGGAAAGCCAGUUGGAUGGCCAAGUAAGAAGAAAGACAAAGACAACAUGCCGAGAAUGAAACGUCCAGAAAUACAGCCAUUCCUUGUAGACACCAGUAAAGCACCCCCACCCGAGGCUAUGGAUGGGGGUUCCGAGGGCGGUUCAAGAGUUUCUGGUAGCAGGAUGUCGGGAUCCAAGAUGUCUGGAACCAAGAUAUCGGGCAGUAAAGGUGGUUCCAAACUGAAGUCCAGCGUUAUCGAAGAAGAAGACGAGGAUGAUCUAAGGGGGAGUGGAACUAAAAUGUCUGGCAGCGGAGUCGAUGAUUUCGGAUCUGCAGCUCCUAAGAAGAGUGGAGAAGAUGACUUCGGAUCUGCAGCUCCUAAGAAGAGUGGUGAAGAUGACUUCGGAUCUGCAGCUCCUAAGAAGAGUGGUGAAGAUGACUUCGGAUCUGCAGCUCCUAAGAAGAGUGGCGAAGAUGACUUCGGAUCUGCAGCUCCUAAGAACUCUGGCAGCGGAAUGGAAGAUUUAGGAGGCAGUGGAGCCAAGAAAAGUGGAAGUGGGUUAGAUGAUCUAGACGGACCAGAUGGUAAGAACAGUGCCGGUGCUCUGGACGACAUCGAAGGCGACGAUGAUGAACCAGUUGGGGUCGACGAUGACUCUCCGAAAGACGGAGAAGGGAAAGAUCUAGGUACCAUGUUUUCAAAGAAGAAAUCAAAUCCCGCAGGAGGGGGAAGCGCUGAUUUGGGUGGUGAUGAUGAUGGAGGCGUUGAUUGGGAAGCAGACGCCGAUACCAUGGAUGCAGGUAGUGGUGCUCCACCCAAAGAUGACCUGGGAGGCGAUGACCUUGGAGGUGACGACCCCCCGAAAGACGACCCUCUCGGAGGUGACGACUCCCCGAAAGACGAUCCGCUCGGGGGUGACGACCCCCCGAAAGACGAUCCGCUCGGAGGUGACGACCCCCCGAAAGACGACCCACUCGCAGGCGAUGAUACAGCGGAUGCUGGAAACGAUUCGAUCAAAAUCGGAGUCGAAGAUGCCCCAGAAACAGCUGAUACAAGUCCGACCGUUAGUGGCAUUGACAACCCGGAUGACCUGGAACCCUCGAAGCCCACGACGCCCAACCCAGAAACGAUAGGAGGAGACUCCAAGUUGGGCGAUGACCCACCUACGUCAACUGUGGCUGACGGAGAUGAUGACGAGAAAAAGAAGAGUUCCUCCAAAUUAUGAUCCCUCAAGAGCUGAUUAAUUCAUCCACUUAUCUUCUCCUAUCACCUACCACUUCGCUGCCUUGCUAAUUAAAACCACCCUGCUAAUUAGAGACCCUAAAUAGUAAAUUAUUAGCCAGUUUUCCCUAUUGCAGUACACUGUAUUUAAAGCUAUUUUACUUUAUCAUUUUGUAGUAAACUUUGCC